AUGAGAGUAAAUACCUUUGUUACUAUCUUGACUUUUACGUCAAUUAUCCAAGCUUCUGAUAAACAAGUGGUUUUCAAUAAUGAAAACGAUUCUGAACAGGCUAAAAGUACCUCUUCUUCAGUUUUGGACAACUUUUUUGACCAAAUUGGGAAAGACACUCCAGAGCUAUUAGUUCAUGCAUGGGCAGAUAUGCAAAAGAAUUUGUCGCCAGGUACUAUUGCCAAGUUGGUUAGGCAAUAUGACGAGAAGAAGGCUAAACCUGGAACCCAAAAUUUACAAUUGGAACCACAAUUGAGCAACGAGUUUGAGGUAUUGACAAACAAAAAGUUUACCGAUUAUUCAUUGAGAAUCAAAACUACAAAUCCCGAAGCUUUGGGUCUCGACACUGUGAAUCAGUAUACCGGUUAUAUUGAUGUUCAGAGUAUUGACCACCACUAUUUUUUCUGGUUCUUUGAAUCUAGAAACGAUCCCCAAAACGAUCCAGUUGUAUUAUGGCUUAAUGGUGGUCCAGGUUGUAGUGAUGCCACUGGUUUAUUUUUCGAAUUGGGUCCUUCCUCAAUUAACUCAACUUUACAACCAGUCCACAAUCCUUACUCAUGGAACUCAAACGCCUCGGUGAUCUUCUUAGAUCAGCCAGUCGGUGUCGGCUAUUCGUAUUCAGGCGGCGAUCGGGUCACUAAUACCGCAACUGCCGCAAAGGAUGUUUUUGUCUUUUUGGAAUUGUUUUUCCAAAAAUUUGACCAGUUCAGGAACAAUAAAUUUCACAUUGCUGGUGAAUCUUAUGCUGGACAUUACAUUCCCAAGUUUGCUAGCGAAAUACUAAGCAACAGUGAUAGGUCUUUUGAGUUGUCUUCGGUUUUGAUUGGUAAUGGUAUAACGGAUCCCUUGAUCCAAGCAGGCGCGUAUAAACCAAUGGCCUGUGGAGAAGGAGGAUACAAACCUGUUUUAACUGAAGACCAAUGCGAUCAAAUGGAACGCGAUUAUCCAAAAUGUGCCAAGUUGGCCAAAUUGUGCUACAAAUUCCAGAAUGCAUUCACUUGUGUCCCUACUGGAUAUUACUGUGAAACUAAGUUGUUUCAACCGUAUGCAAAAACCGGAUUGAAUCCAUAUGACAUUAGAAAGCCAUGUGCUGAAGAAGGAGGAAAUUGCUAUAUUGAGAUGAACUAUAUUGAUGACUAUUUGAAUUUAGAUUAUGUCAAACAAACUGUUGGUGCCUCUAACAUUGAUAUUUUCACAGCAUGUGACGAUUCUGUGUUUAGAGACUUUUUGCUUGAAGGAGACGAAUACAAGCCGUUCCAACAGUAUGUUGCUGAGUUGUUGGAUAAGGAUAUACCAGUAUUGAUAUAUGCUGGAGACAAGGAUUAUAUCUGUAACUGGUUAGGUAAUUUCAUGUGGGUUAAUAAAUUGCAGUAUAAGGACGGCGAGGCAUUUGCUAACCAACCAUUGAAACCUUGGAUUCCAAAGAGGUUGGCUACAUCCGAUGAGACAAAAACAGCAGGCGGAGAGGUUAAGAACUAUAAUCAUUUUACAUUUUUGAGAAUUUACGAUGCUGGCCACAUGGUUCCUUAUGAUCAACCGGAAAAUGCCUUAUUAAUGUUGAAUUCAUGGAUACAGGGUGACUACUCACUAUCGAACAGAGCGAGAUAG